CUGGGCGUCUGCGAGAGCCACAGUCGAAGGUGCGGCUAUCGCUAUUCAAACAGUCUUCGCCGUCGGUUAUGUCAAAGUUCGCUCUCCAAGGACUUUUGCACGGAUACCCGAAACGAGGAUACACCGACAAGGAAAAGCAAGACUUUUGAACAUGUUCCUACAGAUAGACUGUCCCUUCUUUGCAUCUCAGUCUCUCGUGCCUGGGAGGUGGUAGCUAGCAACCGACCACAGAGUCCCCAUCGAUCCCUCUACAUGGGAGUGUGAAGAAGACAUGGAAUUUUUGUCCGCAUUUUUCUGCCUUUGACUAGGGGCGACCGCGCCUUGCCUGGAGUUUUGCAGGAGUUUUCCUAUGUGAAACGUCUCAUUGAUUGUAAUGUUUUCUGGCUCUCGUCUAUCCUACAAGGUAUCCCUGUGUCUACCUUUGAUCGAUCCCCUGGAUGGCCGGACAGCGAUUUGCAUUGGCCUUUAGCUGGUUUUGACCGCCGCCGUUGUAUUGUGUUCGAUCUCACUGUCAUAUCUUAUCUAUUCUGAAUCACUUAAACCGGCUGAAAUUACCGGAGAGUCCAGUUCACGUUAGACCGCGUCAUGGCAAUGGUAGUGAGUGUGUGGAGAGAUCCACAGGACGACGGAGUGGGGGGGACCCUGGGCGGCCAUAACCCGCUCGCCCCGCCGAUGAGAGACACCCGUCUGCCGGCCUCGGCAGCACCACUCACCCCGCAAACUGGACCCCCAUCAACUCCAGGGGCCGCCGAGGACAAGCUCUCAGGCCCAAGUUCUGGGCAAGCUCAUAUUGAAUGCACGGUGUGUGGAGACAAAUCCAGCGGAAAGCACUACGGCCAGUUUACGUGCGAGGGAUGCAAAAGUUUCUUCAAAAGGAGUGUGCGCAGAAACUUGACCUAUACGUGCCGGGCCAACAGAAGCUGCCCUGUGGACCAGCACCAUCGGAACCAGUGCCAAUACUGCCGGCUGAAGAAAUGCUUAAAAGUUGGCAUGAGACGGGAAGCGGUUCAGAGAGGCAGAGUGCCUCCAACCCAACCCAGUCAUGGCCACUACGCGCUGACCAACGGUGACCCCCUGAACGGCCACUGCUAUUUGUCCGGAUACAUAUCCCUUCUUCUCCGCGCCGAGCCUUACCCGACCUCCCGAUAUGGGAACCAGUGCAUGCAGCCCGGUAACAUCAUGGGAAUCGAGAACAUCUGCGAGCUGGCGGCCCGUCUGCUCUUCAGCGCCGUGGAGUGGGCCCGGAACAUUCCCUUCUUCCCGGACCUGCAGAUAACGGACCAGGUGUCCCUGUUGAGACUGACAUGGAGCGAGCUGUUCGUGCUGAACGCGGCGCAGUGCGCCAUGCCGCUACACGUGGCCCCGCUCCUGGCCGCUGCUGGACUCCACGCCUCGCCCAUGUCCGCGGACCGAGUCGUGGCCUUCAUGGACCACAUCAGAUUCUUCCAGGAGCAGGUGGAGAAGCUGAAGGCCCUUCACGUGGACGCGGCCGAGUUCAGCUGUGCCAAAGCCAUUGUGCUCUUCACGUCAGAUGCCUGCGGCCUGUCGGAUGUUGCCCACAUCGAGGGGCUCCAGGAGAAGUCACAGUGCGCGCUGGAAGAGUACGUGAGGAGCCAGUACCCCAAUCAGCCCACGCGCUUUGGUAAACUUUUACUGCGUCUUCCCGCCCUGCGCAUGGUGUCCUCGUCAGUCAUCGAGCAACUCUUCUUUGUCCGAUUGGUAGGUAAAACACCUAUCGAGACGCUUAUCCGAGAUAUGCUGCUUUCUGGAAGUAGUUUCAGUUGGCCGUAUAUGUCCAUGCAGUGACACUUACCAGAGUGGACUAUAAAUUAUGAAAACUGACUGUAAGCCGGUGAUAAGGCAACAUCCGAUAUAACAAUAUUUUUUGCCGCUUUCUCGUGGAUUAAUUGUGUACACAAAAGAACUUGACUUUUGCCGAAGUCUACCUUAAUUUACACAAGCACUUGUUUUUUUUUAGCGUGGAAUGAUGAAUACAGUUAUGUUCACUUUCUUUUUUGUACAAAGUUUAAUAAAAAACGUGCAAAAGAUUCAAGAUUCGAAAUGAAAGAAAUGUCAAUCGUUAAAAUGUCCUUCGUCCGUGUCUUUUAAAAAACGAUUAUUUGUUGUACACAUGUUUUAAUGUAGUCUAAUUAUUUGUUUCAUACGUUAAAUAAAUAAAAACUGUUUCAAACGAAACUUUUUGAAAUACAAGCAAAAAUGUUAUACAAACUGUGCGCGCUUGAAAAUAGUACUUGAUCGGAACUAAUGCUUUGAAAAUGCAACUCCAGACUUACCUCAUUAAUAUGUACAGGCGAGGACAAUGGAUUCAUAAAUGUAUUUAUUUGUCACUAUUUGUAUAUUUAUUUCCUUGCUUAGAUGUUUGUUCAGUGAUAACUCCCCUUGGGUAUUUAAAUCUUGUGAAGGACUACCCACAGUGACACUUGUAACAGCUGUUUGCAGUGUCUUUUCAAUUAACCUUUUUUGUUUUACAAUCUGUUUAUGUUUGAUAUCUUCUUACAGCUAACUCCUGUUUGCAAUAAUAUGUGGUUCAGCGAUGUACAGUGCUAUGUGCCUGAAUUGUAAAGAUGUGGUCCUGCAAUUAAUUCAUUGCCACUGAUUGAUUGAAUUGGGCUCAAUGAGAGGAGGUGCAAUGGCUUGAUGUACA